UGAUUGUGAUUGGUUAAUUUGUUUACGACCUUGGGAAAAAUUUACAUUCGCGCGAAAAAGCAGAGACCAAUCAGAAGUUGCACUACCAAGUGCUCCAUUUGCUAGUAUUUGGUAGCCAAGUGCAACUUGGUAACCGGUAACCUCCAAAAAUAAAAAAUAAUUGCCUAACCCCUUUGUUUUCUAUGGCAGAGGUAUGUAUGUAAUAUGUAUGUAUGUACAUACGCUAUUUGUGCACGUGUUAAUCUACUAAAAGUUAAAUAUAUGAAAGUCAUAAAAAAUAAUGCUACAUAUAUAGUUGCAUAAACAUGUUGGAUCAAAGAGUUGUGAUUAGAAAAUCCACAAUCACGUAGACAUCAGUACACAUACUGCAUACACAUCGAGAAGCAAUAUUCAUCAUGAACGAAACUUCAGAAACACAAAGUAAAGACAGUGCCUCUGUUAUAACUGAGCAAGAGCGCGAGUUGGCUCAAAAUAUACUGUUGGAAUUUCAAAAAGGUUCUUAUGCGUCGUGCUCAUCAUAUUUAAAUAAGUUGGAGAGCCUUCGACCUACAGAUCUCAAAGUUACGCACAAUAAAGUCGUGGUGGAAUAUUAUAAAAGUGACUUGAAAAAGACUGAGUUGACACGAAAGAGUUUGAAUGCUAUAUGUGGUCAAAUAUCAACGACAGAUUCUAACGAGGCUAUUGAUGACGUUGAAAAGUGUGUUAUGAGAUAUAAUCAAGCUGUUUUAUUAUAUCACACAAAGCAGUAUAAUGCUGCGCUUCAAAUCAUGACUAGGCUGUUUGCUUUUAUCGAGCCAAUGGAGGAAACUUUAGCGCAUAAAGUUUGUCUGCUACUGAUUGAGUUAUAUAUAGUAACAGAGCAACCAGACGCAGCUCUGUCAAUAUUAAAUUAUGUGGAGAGUCAAUUUAUAUCUACUGAUGGUUCCAAGAUAUCCUCUGUUGACAAGGAUGGAGUAAUAAAGUCUAAUAAGGAACAAAAAGAGCAAAAGAAAGAUGUUGGUGAUACAGUGGCAGAUGCAUUCAAGAUUAAACUCUUAAAAUAUAAAGCGAGAAUAUAUCUUUUAACUCAUCAACUUAAAUUCUGUAAAAAAGAAUGGAAGACACUAGUUUCAUUGGGCAUAGUG